AUGAAUGUUGAAGUCACGUAUACGUGCAUCGUGCUGGAGUUCAGCCGGGGCCCCAGUUACGUCGUGACCUGUAUCGGUGUCACCCAGCAGAGCCGUGGCAACUGGGACUGUCCUGGUGAGAAGUUCAUGUCUGAGGAGCUUGCCAGCGUUUCGACCUGCCCCACACGGAAGCGCGGAGAGGCAGCAACGCGGCCACCUGCCGGGAUGCCUUACCUUCCCGGUGGGAUCUCUGAAAGAUCUCCUCCAUGGCCGGCCCAAAGGCCUUCCUCCUCUUCAAGGCAAGACCCAAACAUCAUUGUAGAUGCAGAAAUUUAUUUUAAGAAUCAGUCCAAUCCAUCCAAUUCUGAUAUUGUGCGAACUUUCUAUACGGAUGUGAAGGAGAAUGGCUUUGGUAACCUAAUUGUGGAUUUUGGAAGCAUUAAGUCUAAUAACAUAACAGUGGACUUGCUGGCACCACUCAAAGUGACUGUACAAUUCCUCAUCACCGAUGGUUUUGAAUAUGGACUGACAGAGACCACAUCCUCAGCAUACAAAGAACGAUAUGCUCAGAUAAAUGGUUGGAUUGAACCGGUCUUAAAGAAAUAUUACACUAACACUUCAAAAGGUCCGUCCAUCAGCUUUAGAAACUCUGAUGGAUGGAUUCAGGCCAAACUUGAAUAUGAAUUUGACACAACCAAUAUUGUGCCCUCAGGAAAUAUAACGAACACCAUCCUUGCAAGCACAAGGCCUUUUAUCUAUGUGAAAUACACACUUGAAGUCAAUGACAUACCAGCUAAAUUUGAUGUGUUCCCAUAUAGCUUAAGAAUAAUCAACUAUGAGUUCACACCACAACUCUCGAACAGAUCUUCAGUACAGUUUAAAAACUUCAGUGAACGAGUUGCAAACGCAAUACAAACGCUCUUUACAAACAAGAACGGCUUCACAGAAGUGUAUGUACCAAAACUGAGCAAAGGGUCGAUCAUUUGCUCAACGGAGGUGACCUUCUUACCGGGUACGACUACCAACAGCAGCGUGGCAGAAGAGAUUCGCAACGGGUACUCUGCUAUUGAGGCAACCGGCCUACAGCUCAUUCCAGUGUCACAAAGCGCUGGCUCUCAGGAUUCCUUCCCUCCAUUUGCCAUCAUCAUCAUUGUGUUCUGCAGUGUGGCACUUUUGGUUCUCCUAGUAGUCAUUGCAUUGCUUUGGAAAACUGGUAUAUUCAGCAGGGCGAGGAGGUCCUUCAGUCCGAACUCCCACAAAUAUAUUGACAUCAGCUCCUUAGUGUUACCGCACACGAGGAUAUAAUGCAACGAAAUUCAAGACGAGCAAGAAGAAUGAAUAUAUGGAAACUAAAAUAGGAAAAUAAAUAUGCAAUGGUCAUGGGAAUAUGUACACCUAAUAUGGAUUCCAUAACAGUAGGGAGUCCGGGAAUCUUGGUUUAUCUAAUCGCCAAUAUUUCCUUAUUUUUUUAUUCUUUAAGAUAGUGAGAUAUCCAGGAAGAACUGUAUAAUAUAUAUGGGUGGGGUUAUUUCAAAUUAUAUUUUGAUAAAUCAUGGGAUUAUUUUUAUAUCAGAGACAGUAAGAAAAGCAUGAGCCGUCAGCAUUGCUGUUGGUUAGCUAUUUGUUGCCAAAUGUGACUUUUCAA